AUGUCUGGUAAGAACGUUGUGUUGAUUGAUAACUACGAUUCCUUUACUUGGAACGUAUACGAAUAUAUCUGCCAAGAAGGUGCAAACGUUAAAGUUUUCCGCAAUGACAAGAUUACAGUAGAAGAAAUUAACGAUUUAAACCCGGAUGUCCUCGUUAUUUCUCCAGGGCCAGGCCAUCCAACCACUGAUUCAGGUGUUUCAAGAGAUGCAAUCAGGUUCUUUGCCGGUAAGAUCCCAAUCUUCGGUAUUUGUAUGGGUCAGCAAUGUAUGUUCGAAGUGUUUGGAGGUGAAGUCUCUUACGCCGGCGAAAUCGUCCAUGGUAAAACUUCUCCUAUAUUCCAUGACAACAAGGGCUUCUUUAAAGGUGUGCCUCAAGGUGUCGCAGUCACGAGGUACCAUUCCUUGGCAGGUACUGAAGAAUCUCUUCCUGAUGAAUUAGAAGUUUCAGCAAGAACUGAGAAUGGUAUCAUCAUGGGUAUUAGACACAAGGUUUACACUAUUGAAGGUGUACAAUUCCAUCCAGAGUCUAUAUUAACUGAGGAAGGUCAUCUAAUGAUAAAAAAUAUUUUAAAUAUUACCGGUGGUACUUGGGCUGAAAAUGUCAGUAAAAAAACUAAAGAAUCCAUAUUAGAUCGUAUCUACGCUCAAAGAAAAACUGAUGUCUCUAAGCAAAUGGAAAUUCCAGGUUUUACUGCCUCUGACCUCGAAGCAAAUUUUAAAUUAGGCUUGGCACCAAAGAUUCAAAACUUUUAUGAAAGAUUACAGCUAAAUAAAGGUUCAAAGAGGGCUGCUGUUCUUGCUGAAGUCAAACGUGCGUCGCCUUCAAAGGGUGAUAUUUGUAUAGAUGCUAUUGCAGCAGAACAAGCUCUGAAAUAUGCUAAAGCAGGUGCAUCUGCUAUCUCUGUCUUAACCGAACCACAUUGGUUUAAAGGUACUUUACAAGAUUUAAUUAAUGUCAGAAAAAUACUGGACCUAGAAUAUCAAUCAAAUCCAUCUGAAAGGCCAUGUGUACUAAGAAAAGAGUUUAUUUUCUGCAAAUAUCAAAUCUUAGAGGCAAGAUUAGCAGGAGCUGAUACUGUAUUAUUGAUUGUUAAGAUGUUAAGUCAGGAACAAUUAAUUGAAUUAUACAAUUAUACUAUUAAUGUAAUGGGAAUGGUGCCAUUAGUUGAAGUUAACUCUAAAGAAGAGUUGCAUCGUGCUUUAGAAGUUGGUGCAAAGGUUAUUGGUGUAAAUAACAGAGAUUUACAUUCAUUCAAUGUUGAUCUAAAUACAACGAGUAAACUUAUCGAUUCAGCUCCUGAAGGUACAUUGUUGAUUGCUUUAUCUGGUAUUACUAGUGCCAGUGACGCUUCUAACUAUAAGGAAGAAGGAGUUCAUGGAUUUCUUGUUGGAGAAGCUUUAAUGAAAUCAAGUAAUGUUAAACAAUUUAUUCAUGACUUAUGUGAAUAG